GCUAAUCUUAUUGUCCCUUGUCGACCCCAUCAUCGGGCCAUGAUGUGCAAGCUCGCACCAACCUGCGCCCAGCCGCGCUUUGCGGUCAAGCAGCCAAGGCUCGACUAUGGCUCCUUCGGCAACCGAGCCUUGUGGGAGCUUUAUUUGCUGCGGGGACCAACAUGACGAGGCCUGUUGAUCUUGUAGAUAUAAAUCUCUGAUCGGUUGUCAAUUCAAUAUGACUUACUAUCACCAUCUCUGACGCAUUCUACAUCUUUAAUAAUAUAUUCACCAUCUAUCUACCUUACUCAUAACCUCGUCACCUCCUCCUAGAAGCUCACCUACUGCUUAUAAAAACACCUUUCAAGCCCCGAGUUAGCUUCUUCUUCUUCUAAUCUAUAAUACUAUCAAGGAUGUCGUCAUUUGCCAAGACUGCCGCCUCUCUGGCCUGCCUCGCGGCGGUCACGAUGGCGACUCCCCUUAUGAAGCGAAGCGAAUGGGACUGCCCAACGGGCAAGGUUUUCUACUCAUGCUCCAAUGGAUAUGCCGGGUGCUUCGAAAAGGACCCUUGCGCUCUGCCUCCAGUUGCUACAACCUCUCUCGCCUCUCCUAGCACUACCACCUCCUCCACCGCCAGCUCCAGCACUUCUUACGUUGCUGCUGCUUGCGCGAACGGGACUAAGGGUAGCGUCUGGCAACCGUCUAUGUACAACCUAUUCCCGGAAGACCCUGACCAUUCCGAGCCGUCCGUCUCUUUCAUAAAUGUCUCCAACCGAGAGAACAAAUCGUCGGUAGAACAGGCGAUCGUCUUCCGGGGUAUCCCAUUCGGGGCCAAGACGUGCAACAUCAACUGGGACCAAGCCGCUGAGUCGGAGCGCAACUUCACCGUCGACGACAGCGGCUACGUCUCCCUCCUACAGUUAAACGGUUUCCCCUACGGCGUGCCCGUCUCCUCAUCCAGCGUAGCCGCCUUCGAGCCUGCGGGUGGCAAGCCCGUGCACGCCGACUUCACCUUCUGGGACAAGCAGUCUGAUACCGCCUGGCCUCACUUGAUCGGCCCCGUUAACUGCAGCUCGGAGAUCUACUUCCGGCUCGCCAUCGACACCAGCGUCGGCUUCGGCCACGUCUUCAUGGACCAGGACACGAAGAACGGCUUCCACAUUGACUACACGUGCUAAAUGAAAAGGAAGAAAAUUGGGGGUAUUUGCAUUAUACCGGUACGGGAUUCGGACGACUCACUCAUUCACGAUCAUGCAUUAGCGUUGGCGUUUUAGAUGGCAUCUGCAUAUGAAUCACGCUCCUUUACCAGGAUUUGGGGGGACUGCACUUAUUUUUAAUUCUAUAAUCAGUUAAUAUUACUUAGACGUAAAAUAUAAUUUUUACAUCCAUA